UGCAAGAAGGAAAGAGAAAGAGAAGAGAGAGAAAUUCAUUGCAAACGUUUACAAGCCACUAGGGUAGUUUCCUGAGAAAACCUCUGGGCGUCGCUGUAGGUCAAAAGAAGGGCGAGAAGAUACCGGAGACGCCUUUGGGAACCUCUAGGAGAGUAACUUCCUGCUCAAACCAACCACACAGAGGAGGCCAAUACAGAAUCGGAUACAGAAAAUAUCAAUAAAAGCAGGAAAGGUGGCUCUGCCCCGGAUUCUGCCACCCACGGAGGGCUCGUUCCUCUGACCCGCAGAGCAGCAGAGCAGCGGCGGGAGACCAGGAUGAGGCAGAGCGCAGGGAGGAGCAGCUCAGCGCGGUGCCUGCAGGUACUGUGGCCCUUCCUGCUGUCUUUGUUCCGGGUGGCUCUCCCAGACCAGAUCCGCUAUUCAAUUCCUGAGGAGCUAACCAAGAACUCUGUGGUAGCAAACCUCGCCAAGGACCUGGGGCUCAGUUUCCGGGACUUGCCGGCCCGGAAGCUGCGGAUUAGCGCGGAGAAGGACUACUUCAUUAUAAACCCAGAGAGCGGAGAUUUACUUGUGAGUGACAGAAUAGACAGAGAGCGGAUUUGCGGGAAGCAGCCUCUGUGUGUUCUGGAUUUUGAUAUUGUCGCUGAAAACCCACUGAGUAUUUUCCCUGUAGCAGUGACUGUGCAAGAUAUCAAUGACAACAUUCCACAAUUCAAACAGAGUAAGGUGGAUUUAAAAAUUGGAGAAUCCACUAAGCCAGGUAAAACUUUUCCACUAGACCCGGCUGUAGAUGCAGAUGCUGGUCCGAAUUCAUUGCAAAGAUACCUACUUAAUGACAACGAGUACUUUGAUCUCACAGAGAACGAGACUCCAGAUGGAGAUAAAUAUCCUGAGUUGAUUCUGAAAGAUUCUUUGGACAGAGAAGAGCAUAAUUUCCAUCAACUGGUCCUCACAGCUGUGGAUGGCGGAAGCCCGCCUCAAAGUGGCACUACCCAGAUCCAUAUCCAAGUCACUGAUGCCAACGAUAACCCUCCGGUGUUCAGCCAGGAUGUGUUCAGGGUCACCCUGCGUGAGGACGUGCCCCCAGGUUUCUCAGUGUUUCGAGUGACGGCCACUGACCAGGAUGAGGGGGUCAAUGCGGAAAUCACCUAUUCUUUUCAUAAUGUGGAUGAACUAGUGGAACACUUUUUCAACUUAGAUCAAAGAACAGGAGAAAUCACCACGAAGGAUGAGUUGGAUUUCGAAACAGCAAACAGUUACACACUGAAUAUAGAAGCCAAAGAUCCUGGAGAUUUAGCUGCCCACUGCCGUGUCCAGGUGAAAAUUCUUGAUGAGAACGAUUGUGCGCCUGAAGUGAUUGUGACUUCAGUGUUUACUCCCCUGCCAGAGAACUCACCGCCAGGAACAGUGAUCGCUUUGAUAAAGACUAGAGACAGGGACUCCGGAGAAAAUGGAGAAGUUUACUGCCACGUCUUGGGAAAUGGAGAGUUUAUAUUGAAAUCUUCCUCCAAGAACUAUUACAAGCUAGUGACAGACAGAGCCCUGGACAGGGAGGAGAUUCCUGAGUACAAUGUCACCAUCACAGCCACUGACAGGGGCAAGCCGCCCCUUUCCUCCAGGAUAAGCAUCACUCUGCGCGUCUCGGAUGUUAAUGAUAACGUCCCAGUUUUCCAACAGGCCUCAUACUUGGUUCACGUGCCGGAGAACAACCCCCCCGGCGCUUCCAUUGCUCAAGUCAGCGCCUCCGAUCCCGACUUGGGACCUAACGGCCACGUUUCCUAUUCCAUCGUAGCCAGCGACCUGGAGCCCCGGGCGCUGUCGUCCUACGUGUCCGUGAACCCGCAGAGCGGGGUGGUGUUCGCGCAGCGCGCCUUCGACCACGAGCAGCUUCGCGCCUUCGAGCUGACGCUGCAGGCUCGAGACCAGGGCUCGCCCGCGCUCAGCGCCAACGUGAGCCUGCGCGUGUUGGUGGGCGACCUCAACGACAACGCGCCGCGGGUGCUGUACCCCGCGCUGGGACCCGACGGCUCCGCGCUCUUCGACUUGGUGCCUCGGGCGGCGGAAACCGGCUACCCUGGCACCGGAGGGCGGCCACCCCUCUCCGCCACCGCCACGCUGCACCUGGUCUUCGCUGAUAGCCUGCAAGAGGUACUGCCAGACCUGGGCGAUAGUCCUGCGCCCUCUGACGCCCAGGCCGAGCUGCAGUUCUACCUGGUGGUGGCCCUGGCUCUGAUCUCUGUGCUCUUCCUGCUCGCGGUGAUUCUGGCGGUCGCCCUGCGCCUGCGGAGCUCCUCCAGCCCCGCGUCCUGGGGCUGCUUUCGGCCUGGCCUCAUCUCUAAGUCUGGACCUGGAGUUGUCCCCACGUACAGUGAGGGAACAUUGCCUUAUUCCUACAAUCUGUGUGUUGCGUCACAAUCAGCUAAGACGGAGUUUAAUUUUCUCAACGUGACCCCGGGAGUGGCUCCGGCUCAGGAUCUCCUUUGUGAUGAUGCCUCUUGGGUACCCCAUACAAAUCACGGAGACACUGGGGCCCCAUCAGCCUCAGAUACUAUUUUAAAGGUAGGCUUUCCUUUAAUCCGUUUAUUUUCAUUUUGA